GCAAAGAGAUUAGCAAUCCAAUUUAGACGAGUACUUACUACUUGCGAGUACUUAUGACUUAUGGUUAGCUAAAGCCUAAAGGGACAUAUCUAUGCUCUGCAAUCUGCACUGCAGGAGUGCUGAGUUUCCUGUGCUGCGCAGAGUGCGUGUCAGCCGCCAGCCAUCCGGAAGCAGGAAUUCAUGUAACAUGAUUGCGGAUUUGGCUCUCGUAAUUGAUCAUGUCAGCGAAGUCAACAACUUCACGAUGGACGCCAGGGAGCCUGCGAGCGCAGCACGAGCUUAUGUUGCAGCGACGCAAUCUGGAGGAGCAGCGACAUAAUACACUGGAAAAGAAUCUGCAGCAUAUCCAGAAGGCGGAAACGGAUGCAGCCGGCUAUUCUAAGCUGACAUCCGAUCGUACUUUCAAAGCCAGCGUAGACAACUUCAUGCGACAGCGUAUUGAACAACAGAAAGAUGCUGAUAUGAAGAUUCGACGCGCAGAAUUGGCAGCGUUGCUGUACAAAGAAGAAGUGGAUUAUCAGACGGAAAUAAUGGAACAGUUGAAGAACGCGGGUGACGAUCGUGUGAGAGAGCUGAAAGAACGGGCAGAACAGCUUCGGCAGUCCCGUACGAGACAACAGGAACAGCUUGUAGCCGAAAAACUUCAUGAAGCUUGGAAAAAGAACUGCCCUGAACUUCGGGAGGCUGUAACCAAACAAAUUGAUUUGGAAACGAGUAAAGCGUGGGGUGACCAAAUUGGCAUCAAACAGCAGAAUGCCGAGGAGGAGAAGCGCAUGGAAAGUCAGAUGCUGGAGAAUAUGCGCCGCGAAAUCCAGUUGGCUGAAGAACGAGAUCAGGAGAAACGUUCGAUUGAACGAUCUCGUAUGCAUGACCUUACUGAAGUAUGGCAAGAACAAGUUGACGACCUACGCACACGUGAAAGCCAGCUGACUGCCCUUAAGCAACAGGAGCGUGAACUCCUGGCGCAGCUAGGUGAAUUAGCGCGCCUGGAGGAUCAGCGGAAAAAGCUGGAAGAGUCCGAGCAGAAAAAGGACUUUGGGGCAAACCUGAUGAAGCAGCAUGCCGCUUUUCUUCGUCGUCGCAAUCGCCAAGUCCAAGACAGUCUGAAACUUGAUCGACAAAUCCUGGAAUCCGUACAACAUAUGGAGGAGGAAGCCGUUGGAAGAGACCAGUUGAAGAAAGAGCACGAGCGAUCCGUCGCCGCGCAGAUGAGGGAAGCUAUGGAGGACAGGAUCCGCAGGGAAAAGGAACGGGAAAGCGAAAUUGAUCGCCUGGACAGGGAAGAGGCUAAGCAGUACUGGGAAAAGCGCGAAGAAGAGUGGGCUGCUGAGGAAAACGCCCGGAAGGGCCUUGUGAAUGAAGUUAUCGGAGAUCUGAAGAGGCAGAUUCGGUUCAAGAUGGAUGUCAAUCGCCAAACUCAGUGUCAGUUGGAGAGUGAGCGAGAAGAGCUAACGUCACAGAAGAAGUUAGCGGAAAUGGAACAGCAGCGUCAGCUGGAUGAUAUGACGCGUGCUCAGUCGAUCCGGCGACAUGAUCUUGACGCUCAAAUGCGUGAGCUGGAGGAAAAGCAAGCUCGAGAUCGCCAGUCUGCUACCGAAGAACAAGCAAAGAGGCAAAUGGAGCAGCGCAGUUACGAUGAUUUCCUCUCACGGGAAACUGCAAAGAUGGGAGUCGGGCCUAAUAACCGGUGCCAGUCGGCUUCGUCUUACGGCAGCAGGCCUGGUAGUUUUCGAUACCAUGAUAAUUUUCGAUAAUUGUUCGCGGUGUUAAAAGUAUGGGGUUAACUCGAAUCUUCCGUAUACCCUCGAGGAUGUGCGUUGUGGACCAGUGGAAGGAGGAUCCUUCUCGUUCAUGGUUUUCGGCACCGAUGCUCGUAAACGGUAAACCUCUUUUUGAUAAUGAUAAUGAUUAAUUUUGAAGAUUAUCGUGCUUUGAUUUUGGUGAUCUUUUAGAUGAUAAUAAUGUACUGGUUGCAGAUGCAUGCUUUUUGUAGGUGUUAUUUGAAAUGUCUCUAAGGCGUUUUAGCGAAGUCUUAAGGGUAGAUCAUGUUUUUCUGAUCUUCUACUGUUGAUUCUUUGUUUUAACCGAAAUUAAUAUUAUUUGUUAUCUUCUUUAUCCGCGUCGACAUCUUCAACCGUAAAAACAAAGAUUGGUCGCGGACCC